AUUGUUCUUGAUUUAGCAUACCAAAUGAUUGGUUGCUACCAGUGUGCCAUUUGACAAGGAUUGACACUCAGGAGAAAUAUUCACGAAAGGCCAUUCUAGGAAACUAUUUUCCUGUGCGCAGGGUUUUUCAUUAUUUGUGAUCAGACUGUGGAAACAGAUUUCAUGGCUGACAAUGUGAACUCGACGAUUCUAAGAGAUGAAAAUGUGGCACCAUAGCUCGGUCCAAGGAUAUUUGUGCUUAAAUAUUUGUAAAUAGAAAACAUUGUAGCUUUAUUUAUAAAUCUACCUAGCAUUGGAAGGGGAGGAUUUUAAUUGUCUGAUAUUUGAUCUAAUUUCAAGAAGCUGAAUCACUGGAGCCAAAAUGUCGAGUGGUAUGGUCAGAUCUCAAGCCAGGAAAGAUACCAAAAUGCGUAUCAGGGCUUUUCCUAUGACCAUGGAUGAGAAGUAUGUAAACAACAUAUGGGCUCUAUUGAAAAAUGCCAUCCAGGAAAUUCAGAAGAAGAAUAACAGUGGCUUAAGCUUUGAAGAGCUGUACCGUAAUGCCUACACCAUGGUUCUACACAAACAUGGUGAAAAACUUUAUACAGGCUUACGGGAGGUUGUCACCGACCAUCUUGUAAACAAGGUGCGGGAGGAUGUUCUUGAGGCCCUCAACAACAACUUCCUGCAGACCCUCAAUAUAGCAUGGAACGAUCAUCAAACAUCCAUGGUGAUGAUCCGUGACAUCCUCAUGUACAUGGACCGAGUGUAUGUUCAACAAAACAAUGUUGACAACGUCUACAACCUAGGGCUGAUCAUAUUCCGGGACCAGGUUGUCCGGCAUCCCAUCAUCCGGGAUCAUUUGAAGGCGACCUUGCUGGAGAUGGUGGCUCGGGAACGGAAGGGGGAGGUUGUAGACAGGGGGGCUGUGAAGAACGCUUGUCAGAUGUUGAUGGUUCUUGGUAUCGACUCACGCAACGUGUACGAGGAAGACUUUGAAAGACCUUUCCUAGAACAGUCAGCAGAGUUCUACAGGUUGGAGAGUCAGAAGUUCCUGGCAGAGAACAGUGCAUCUGUGUACAUUAAGAAAGUGGAGGCCCGCAUUAACGAGGAAGCAGAAAGGGCCACUCACUAUCUAGACAAGUCCACAGAGGAACCAAUAGUCAAGGUUUUAGAAGAGGAACUAAUUAGCAAGCAUAUGAAAACAAUUGUUGAGAUGGAAAACUCUGGCGUUGUACAUAUGCUGGAGAAUAACAAAACAGAUGACUUGGCAUGCAUGUACAAGUUGUUUAUACGGGUACCACUCGGGUUGAAGACGAUGUGUGAAUGCAUCAGCAAGUAUCUACGAGAGCAAGGUCGUGCCCUGGUAGUGGAAGAGGGAGAAGAGGGGAAAAAUGCCAUUACAUACAUACAGAGUUUAUUGGAUCUGAAGGAUCGGUUUGAUCACUUUCUUCACGAGUCAUUCAGUGACGAUAAACUGUUCAAGCAGAUGAUAUCCAGUGACUUCGAGUACUUCAUCAACCUGAACUCCAAAUCCCCAGAGUACCUGUCACUCUUCAUCGAUGACAAGCUCAAGAAGGGUGUCAAAGGGAUGACAGAGCAGGAGAUUGAAAAUGUCCUGGACAAGAGCAUGGUGCUGUUCCGUUACCUCCAGGAGAAAGAUGUGUUUGAACGAUACUACAAGCAGCAUCUGGCACGGCGCCUGCUCCUUAACAAGAGCGUGUCCGACGACUCCGAGAAAAACAUGAUCUCCAAGCUCAAGACGGAAUGUGGGUGCCAGUUCACAUCCAAGCUAGAAGGGAUGUUCAAGGAUAUGACCGUCUCCAACACCAUCAAUGAAGAGUUCAAGGGUUUCGUCACACAGGCACAGGUGAACUUGUGCGGAGUGGACCUGACUGUGCGAGUGUUAACAGCUGGCUUCUGGCCCACACAGUCUGCCACACCCAGCUGCAACAUCCCCCAUGCUCCACGGACGGCGUUCGAGGCAUUCAGAAGGUUUUAUUUAGCAAAACACAGUGGCCGUAAACUCACACUUCAACCACACCUGGGAUCAGCAGACUUACAUGCAACAUUUUAUGGCCCCAAAAAGGAGGAACCGUCAGAGAUGAGUGCGGCCAGCUCCGCCAAGGGGCCCCGGAAGCACAUCCUGCAGGUGUCCACGUACCAGAUGUGUAUACUCAUGCUGUUUAAUAAUAGGGACAAGUGGACGUACGAGGAAGUAAAGAAUGAGACAGAUAUCCCUGAACGAGAGUUGACAAGAGCGCUACAGUCACUAGCUGUAGGUAAAAUAGCUCAGCGAGUUCUACACAAGGAACCCAAGACUAAAGAUAUAGAACCUAACCACCUGUUCACAGUCAAUGAUCAGUUCUCGUCCAAACUAUUCAGAGUAAAGAUACAGAUGGUUGCGGCCAACAAGGGAGAAGCAGAACCAGAGAGGAAGGAGACAAGAAACAAAGUGGAUGAGGAUAGGAAACAUGAAAUAGAAGCUGCUAUAGUUCGUAUAAUGAAAGCCAGGAAGAAGCUGCAGCACAAUGUUUUAGUAGCAGAGUGUACGGAAAUGCUGAAGCCUCGGUUCCUGCCAAGUCCGGUGAUUAUAAAGAAAAGGAUAGAGGGCUUGAUAGAGAGAGAAUACCUGGCCCGAUCUACAGAAGACAGAAAAGUGUACACAUAUGUAGCCUGAGAGAAUACAGACAUUUCCUUGGACUUUGUCGCAGUUUGAAGAAGGAUAUGUCCAAGAAUAAACCUAAUGUGAAGAUAUAUGUACAUAUUUAUAUGAUAAAGACAAAAAAAUGUUUUUGUUUUUUUCUAAGACUUGGAUAUUAAUUCUGUGAAGACUUUUGGGCGCAGAGGCCAUAUUUAUCCCAUCUGUAUGUACCCCAGGGAUUGUGGAAGAAGAGGAGUUGUGUCUUUGCUCUUGAAUAUUCAUAACUAGCUGUUAAAUAUUCAUACAGAGCUUGUGAAUAUUCAUCUCAGUUGGACGAUUCCUGUGUUGUUGCUUGUUUAUUGGAUUAUCAACAUUGAAUCACAGCGGGAAGGUUUGUGGACUUUACCGAUGGUUAGAAAGAACUGGAAAACUUGGAACUGUUUGUUUGGACGUGAUGGAGGCUGUCAGUGGAUGGUGGCGACAUUACGGAGAAGGGAAUAUUUUAUGUGCUACUUGUUUUCAGAUCAGACUUCAGCUGCCUGCUUAAAGUAGUCCAACCCUGAUCUAUGCACCAAUCUUUUGAACACAGAUUUUAACCAACUCUCUGGCAGAUGUUCGGUCAGUAGUUGAUCUGUUCAAAACAGGUGCAUGUGUGAUUGUACAAUGUCUUUACUGUAUUUCCAGUUUCUAAAUAUAGCUAUUGGUGGGGACAACCACUUUUACAUCAAAUACGUUUUGCUUCAGCCAUGAAAGUGUUGACUUUAAAACGAGAUGUGAUAUAUCUCUGUUUAAGUAAUAAUGUUUAGACAUUUUCAAAUCAAGGUUUUUUGGUGAUUUGCAAAGGGAGGUAAAUCAGCUUUGCGAUAAAAAGACACUCUCCCCUGAAUGUAUAGUGAACUUGGAUCUGUGUAUUUUGUGUGUUGACUGUGGUUCUGAAUGUUAGAGAAUGGUGUUGGGUAGUUGGACAAGCACUGACUAGUCUGAGGAUAAUACAUUGUGUCUGUGGAGACCUCUCCACCCAUGCUACACCUUCAGUCUUACAUGAGGCACUUGCUGUUAGUGAAAAUUGGCAGAUCUGUUGCAACAAAAAUGAGUCCAAGCUGCACGUAAUUUGAAGUUGCAGAAAUUGAAUGUGUUUUUAUGUACAGAUACAUAUUAAUUAUUAAUCCACAAGUAAUGUUCAAAUGUAUUUUUACAUUAAAAUCUGUGAUUCAGGAAAAGAAUUUCAGAUAUUAAGUUAAUUCUCGUAUGAAGCCCCUGUGGCAGACUUAUGUUUGUUACUCUGUUCUCUCAAUCUUUGUACAUUUGUGGGAAGUAUCCUGUGUGAAUCCUUACUUCAUGUAAAGCCUAUGGAAUGUCAUGUAUAUUGACCCAACAUUGCACUAUUGUUUUGUCAAAGUUUACCUUGAUCCCCAGUUAAGUUUUAGCCAAAUACUUCAGCAGAACUAGUCAUUGACCUUUCUAAAUAUUCAAGCAAGAAGCAAACUUGAUUUCUUAUUUGUUAAUAAUUAGAACCAUGGAGAGCAGCCAAGCCAAGUAAUUCCCUAACAGAAAGUAUUUCCUAAGAAAGAUGUAGAAGUAGGCCUAUUGUUCAGCAUUUAUUGUAAAUAUACUUGAAAGCUUCAUCCAAUGUCAUGAUGUCUUCAUGUGAUAUAAAUUAAUAUAAUUGACAGAUUGACCGAGUGUCUUGAUGCUUUCUGAUUAUUUUUACAAGAAUAAAUGUCUUGUAACAUGUCUUGGUACCAGACUUUUUGUGCAUCAUCAGAAGUCUUAUGAAAAAUGAAAAGUAGUGGUCUUUUUAUUCUAUCUUCCUAAACAUGUUUAACAUGUUAAAAAGGACAACUUAUUUAUUGUCUCUAAAAGUAUAAGUAGAUUAUUUAAAAUAUUAAAAAAUGAAUUGUUUUGAAAUGCUUUGAAUUAUAAUGAAUCACGAGAGAAAGUCACAAUAAUAUUUAAAAUGUGGGAAAUAAACCAGAAUUUAUUUAUUUAUUAUUAUUUUUAACCAUUUUCAACAUCCCCCCAAGGAGAAGUCUGGUCUAAAAUCAUGUUGAUAAGAAAUGUGGCAUUA